UACACACGGCGGCGACAGGAGCUCCUGAAUCGGCUGCGACGGCUCUCCCACCGCUAUUCUCUCCCUCUCUCUCCCUCUCUCUCUCUCUCUCUCUGCGUGAAGAAAAGACCCUGGACAACAGAGAGGAGAAAAACAUCGGCGACUUUCCACCUCGAAACUCCUCCUGGAAACUCCGAUGGAUUAAUCUGAUUCUUCUGCGACAGUAGAGAAUGGGCUGUGUCCAAUGUAAGGAUAAAGAAGCAGCAAAACUCACUGAUGACCGGGAGACCAGCCUCUCGCACAACUCGGGCUACCGCUAUGGGUCGGACCCCACGCCGCAGCACUACCCCAGCUUCGGGGUCACCACCAUCCCCAACUACAACAACUUCCACAGCGCCGCCACGCAGGGAGUGACGGUGUUCGGCGGCGUCCACACGUCCUCGCAGUCCGGCACGCUGCGGUCUCGGGGAGGGACAGGGGUGACUCUGUUCGUGGCUCUUUAUGACUACGAAGCGCGGACCGAGGAUGACCUCAGCUUCAGAAAGGGGGAGAGGUUCCAGAUCCUCAACAGCACGGAGGGAGACUGGUGGGAGGCUCGUUCUCUCACUACAGGUGGAACUGGAUACAUUCCUAGCAAUUACGUAGCUCCCGUGGACUCCAUCCAAGCCGAGGACUGGUAUUUUGGUAAAUUAGGUCGAAAAGACGCUGAGAGGCAACUGCUCUCCAACGGCAACGCCAGAGGCACUUUCCUCAUCCGCGAGAGCGAAACAACCAAAGGAGCUUACUCGCUCUCCAUCCAGGACUGGGAUGACAUCAAGGGAGACCACGUCAAACAUUACAAGAUCCGCAAGCUGGACAGCGGCGGCUACUACAUCACCACCAGGGCCCAGUUCGAGACGCUCCAGCAGCUCGUGCAGCACUACUCCGCCAGGGCCGCGGGGCUGUGCUGCCGGCUGAUCGUGCCGUGCCACAAAGGCAUGCCCCGUCUGACCGACCUGUCCGUCAAGACCAAAGACGUGUGGGAGAUCCCGCGGGAGUCGCUGCAGCUCAUCAAACGCCUCGGCAACGGCCAGUUCGGAGAAGUCUGGAUGGGCACAUGGAACGGCACGACCAAAGUGGCGGUGAAGACGCUGAAGCCCGGCACCAUGUCACCGGAGUCCUUCCUGGAGGAGGCGCAGAUCAUGAAGAAGCUGCGGCACGACAAGCUGGUGCAGCUGUACGCCGUGGUGUCCGAGGAGCCCAUAUACAUCGUCACGGAGUACAUGAGCAAAGGGAGUUUGCUUGAUUUCCUCAAGGAUGGAGAAGGACGAGGCCUCAAACUGCCAAACCUGGUGGACAUGGCAGCUCAGGUGGCAGCCGGCAUGGCGUACAUCGAGCGGAUGAACUACAUCCACAGAGACCUGCGCUCGGCCAACAUCCUGGUCGGAGACAGUCUGGUGUGCAAGAUUGCUGACUUCGGUCUGGCCAGGCUGAUUGAGGACAAUGAGUACACAGCGAGGCAAGGUGCAAAGUUUCCCAUAAAGUGGACCGCUCCGGAGGCGGCGCUCUACGGGAAGUUCACCAUCAAGUCAGACGUGUGGUCGUUCGGCAUCCUGCUGACGGAGCUGGUGACCAAGGGCAGGGUGCCCUAUCCAGGCAUGAACAACCGUGAAGUGCUGGAGCAGGUGGACCGGGGCUACCGGAUGCCGUGCCCCCAGGACUGCCCCUCCUCCCUGCACGAGCUGAUGGUGCAGUGCUGGAAGAAGGACCCGGAGGAGAGGCCCACCUUCGAGUACCUGCAAGCCUUUUUGGAGGACUACUUCACUGCCACUGAGCCUCAGUACCAGCCGGGGGACAACCUCUGAGCACCGCCACCCUCAUCUCAUGUCAUCGCACCAGCUCUCCACCAGAGGGAGCCAGACACCCCCCCCCCCCCCCCCCCCUCUCUCUCGCUCUCUCUUUUUCUGUCUCUCUCUCUCUCUCUCUCUGUCUCAUCAUGUGGCUCUGAUGAUCUCUGAAAGUUUUCACGGACUGACUUUUUGACUUCCAAGCUUCACUCGAACGGGGACAGAGCGCCGCGACGGCGGCAAACUGACUAUCAAAUCAGCGGAUGUGUCGGAAAGGCGGGGAGGGGGAGUUCAAAAUGACCGUCACGGCCGAACGACAUGAGUUGUGUUGUGUCACUUGUACGUAGUGUAAAUAUGAAUUGCUUGUUUACUUCUCUCUUUGGUUUCAUUUUAUAUUACUUUUGAUAAUUUGGAAAUGUGUGGAUUUUUUUUAAUCCAAGGUUAAAGUUGUUUCAGAUUUACGGCUCGUAGAGAAACGUAUGAGGCUCACAGUUGGCUACAAAUCCUGACAUAAUAACAAUAAUAAUAA